AUGAAAAAUUACUUUACUAGAAGCAGCAAUAAACUCAAUUUCCAAGGUCUCAGUCUUAGUGAACAAUUCAAAAUUUUAAGUCAGGGAAUCAUGGAUGAAAACAAUGACAAUCACAGCCUAUCAUCAAAUUUGAAAGUUGAUACAAGUCAAGUAGGAGAUGAGAAGGAAAAUUUGGAUCGCGACCCAAUUUAUGACGUCAACCGCUUAUCUCAGAAAAGGACUAGCUCUAGAGAAUCUCCUGUAAUUGCUAGAAGAAGAGAAGAAUUAACAGAGAAAAUAUAUCAGCUGGACAAAAAAAUUUCACUCUUGGAAGAAAAUAUGUAUCAAAUAAAAGAAGAGUUAAAAGAUUCAAUUAAAGAAUCCAUCAUCAAAUUGCAAAAUCAAUUUAUGCAAAUUAUGAAAAAUAUGUUUGAAAGCCAUAAGAUUAAAGAAAAUCAAGAUGAAAAUGAUGAUAUAGAAAAUCAAUCAAGGUUAUCAUCAAAUUCCUCAUAUAUUAAAUCAAACAAAAAUAUACCAAAUAAUAUUAGAUUACAAAACUUUGAAGGGGACAAUAAAAUCUCAUUCAAUACUUGGAUUGAAAAAUUUGAAAUCUUUGUGGAAGAAAAUGAAAUACCUCCCAAUAAAUACCUUAAGAUAUUGAAAUACUAUUUAGGAGAAGAUCCAGCUACAACGAUACGAAAUUGUAAGGACUUCAAAGAAGCUGUUAAAAUGUUACAUGAGAAUUAUAAUGAUAAUGUCAGUAAUGCAGCAGCAACGUCCAUGUUAAACAGUAUAAAAACAAAACGUAUUAGAACUCUUGAGGAUCUCAAUAAAUAUAUUCCAAUAAUCGAAGAAGCACAUAAAGCUUUAUAUAGGAUAAAAAGUACUCGCAUGGAAAAUCAAGUAAUCUUUCUCAAGGAUAUGUUAUCAUCAGAACUAAAAUUGUACUUCAACGAUGUUUCUAAUAAGGAUUGGGCACUAUUCAUCUGUCAAAUUAAAGAUAAAAUGGUACUAUUGAAAAGAGCCAAAGAAGAGCAAGAAAUCUUCAAUAGACUGAAAAGAAAGAAGAAUGAAAAGAAGUGCAAAUAUGAAAAAUGCAAAUUUCCAAAUUCUCAUGAAACAAAAGAUUGUAGAUAUAAAAUAAGAGAUGAAAAAAAUACUUUAUUCUGUAAUCAAAAUAUAUACAAUGGUUUAGCAGUUAUUAAUGGAAAAAUUAAUCAAAUAGAUGCAAAAUUUGUUAUAGAUACAGGAAGUAAUAUAUCUAUAUUAAAUGAUAUUUGGGUUAACAAAUUAAAUUUACAAGUUAGUGAAGAUAAUAUUACAACUGUUCAAAAUAUAAAUACAAUAUGUACAUUAAAAAGAUGUAAAGGAGAAAUAGAGAUCACCCUAAAUGAAGCGAACUUCAAAUUAAAAGAUCCAUAUCUCUUUGUUAGUAAAGAACAUAAAUUUGAUCUGUUAGUAGGUAGUGAUAUUCUAAUGAAAACCAAAGGAUUUUAUAUUUCAUACAAUGAUAAUAAAUCAAUUAAAUUCAAAAUAAUAGAUGAAAAUGAAAUACAAAAAGAGGAAAAUAAAGAAUGUCUUGAAUAUUUCCAGAAGGAAUAUCCAAUGUGUUUUGCCAAAACUGAUAAAGAUUUGACUCCAUUCUUAGAGGCAGAAAAACAAUUAAUUUAUGAAAAUAUGCCUAUUAAUCCUAAAUAUCCUAGUUAUCCUCUAGGUAUUCAUGAACAAAAAAUAGCAUUAGAAAUAAUAAAGGAUUGGCAGCAUGCUCAAAUUGUAGAAGAAGGGGUAGCUCGAAUUAAUCAUCCUGUAAUCAUAGUAAAAAAAGCUAAUGCUCCUCCGGAUGGAACAGUACAUGAAAAAUACCGUUUUGUUACAGAUUUAAGACGUAUAAAUUCAAUCACUGAAAAAAUUUAUUAUAAUAGUCCAAGUAUAUUUAACUUACUUCAAAAUACUACAAAAAUAAAAAUUAAGUGGUUAUCAAAAAUUGAUCUAAAAAGUGCCUUUAGUCAAAUUAAACUCAACAAAAAUGACAUCGGCAAAUUUGGAUUCUCAAUUGGAAAUAAAAGCUUUAUAUACAAAUGUCUACCAAUGGGUGCAAGAAACAGUAGUAUACUUUUUAUGAUCGCCAUCAAACGUAUAUUUCAAGAAUUGAUAGACAACGAACAAAUGUGGAUAUAUCAAGACGAUGUAAUCUUGAAAACUACUGAAAUUAAAGGAGAAUCUGAAAAAGAAUCAUUAGAAAGACAUAUUAAUUUAAUACAUGAAACAUUAAAAAUAAUGAAAAAUUAUGGUAUAAAAGCGAGCUAUGGAAAAUGUCUAUUUUGUAAGAAACAAUUAGAUUUUUUAGGCUUUUCAAUAACAACAAAUGGGUACCAAGCAUCAAAAACUUCAAUUAAAAGAAUAAUUCAAUCAUUACCUAAAAAUAGGGAACAACUAAGAAGAUUUUUAUAUGCAUUAAAUUAUUAUAGGUUAACUAUUAAAGAUUUCGCAAGAAAAACUUCUAAGUUAUAUGAUUUAAUAAACCAAUCAAAAAAUACAAAAUUCCAAUGGACUGAUGCAACUUUAGAGGAUUAUCACAAUUUAAUUAAAGAUAUCAUAAACCAAAAAACACUAAAAUAUGGGAACAUAAAUGAAAAAUAUUACCUAAACACUGAUGCAUCGGAUGAAGGAUUGGGAUCAGUUUUAUAUCAAAAAGAAAAGAUAAAAGUACUAAAGGAACAAGAUAAAGUUAUUGGUUUUUAUUCUUCUAAGUUAGAUAAAGUUAACAAAAAACGACAUUCAACUUACUUAGAAUUGAAGUGUAUAGCUGAUUCAUUAGAUUAUUUUUCAUUUCUACUGAGAGAAGCUAAAGCAGGUAUAGUUGUUGUUACAGAUCAUUUGCCAUUAAAGAAAUUAAUAUUAACUAGUGAUCAACGCAAAUAUAUUAAACUCAUUCACAGAAUUGAUUCAUUUAAUAUUCAAAUACAGUUUAUAAAGGGUAAAGAAAAUGUGAUACCGGAUUGGUUUUCAAGAAUCAAAGAAAACCCUGAAGAAAAAAAAACAAUAAAAUGUUACAUGGCUAACAGGGGUAGGAAAAAGAAAAUCAUUACAAAUCAAAUCUCAGAAGAGAUGAAGCCAUUACAAAAUGAGAAACAGAAAGAAAAUCAAAAUCCUGUCAAUGAUAAUCUGGCAGAGAAUAAAGAAAAACCAAAACGUGAGAGACCACCAAAGAUUAAAAAUAAAAAUAAUCAAACUUCGGAAGUCAAAGAUACUUCAAAAAAGGGGAAUACAAAAUAUCAAAAUGAAGUUUCAAGAGAAACAAAUCAACCAAAUGAAGAAGAAACUGCAAAGACAGAAACUUCAAAUCAAUAUAACAUUCCAAAAGGAAUAUAA